AUGCCGUCCGCUACUCCCACCAUUGCAGAGAAAUCUGGUUCCAAGAGAAAGACUGCACCAAUAAAGAACAAUUCUUCGAAAGAAAAUAAGAAAGCUAAAACGACUUCCGAAUUAGAGAUAAAGAGUAAAUCAAAAACAAAGUCUACUUCACCAAAAAUAAUCAAGGAUAAAGGUGAGGAAAAUUCUCACGAGUCAACCCUCAGGAGAGCCAUCCACAACAAUGUAGCAAGCAAGGCAUUAUCAGAAGAUGAUGAAAAUUUCGACGAGGAAUCGUUGCCCAAAGCUGAGGAUGGGUUGCAUCCAGAUAGAGUAAAGGCUGUGGCACAAAAUAAUCAAUCCUCCAGAGAAGCACAUGCAAAACAGAAACAACUGGCAUUGGAAAGAAAAGCUGCAAAACCACUAGCAGACGAUCUUGCAAGAACUAAAAAGAUAUGGGAAAGGCUACGCCGAAAAUCCCACGUUCCGCUUGAUGAAAGAAAGCAACUAGUCACUGAACUUUUUGCAAUAAUAACUGGGAAAGUCAAGGACUUCGUGUUGAAGCACGAUAGUGUUAGAGUUGUGCAAACUGCGAUUAAAUACGCAAAUCAAGAGCAAAAGCGAACGAUUGCAAAAGAGUUAGCGGGGACGUAUCGGCAACUUGCAGAGAGUAGGUACGCUAAGUUUCUGAUCGGAAAACUACUAGUCCAGGGAGAUGAUACCAUUAGAGACAUUAUUGUUCCUGAAUUUUUUGGCCACGUGCGGCACCUUAUCAAGCACUAUGAAGCCUCAUGGAUACUUGACGAUAUUUAUAGAGGAAUAGCGACUAAACAACAAAAGGCCUCACUCCUAAGGGAGUGGUAUGGUGCCGAGUUUGUACUUUUCCGGAAUAUCUCGGAUCAGACAACAGAUCAACUUUCAGAAAUACUGGAGGCUGACCCCGGAAAAAGAAGUCCUAUAAUGCGCUCUCUUACAGAAAUGAUUAAUCAGCUCAUACAGAAAAAGAUGACAGGCUUCACGCUUCUUCACGAUGCGAUGCUUCAAUACUAUCUGAAUAUCAAAAGUGGCACUAAUGAAGCUACUGAAUUUAUAGAAAUGAUCACUGGUGAUGAGGGAGAUCUAUGCAAAAAUCUUGCAUUCACAAAAUCAGGGUCUCGGUUGAUGGCUCUCAUCCUCGCACAUACAACUGCCAAAGAUCGAAGGCGAAUCCUAAAGGCCUACAAGGAAACUUUUCAGGCAAUGGCUACCGAUCAGCACGGACACAUUGUUAUACUCGCAGCGUAUGAAGUUAUAGAUGAUACUGUUCUAACAGCGAAAUCAAUAUUUCCAGAGCUAUUGAGCAAAGAUACCGAUAAACAGACUGAAAAUAUAGUCUCUUUCGUGAAUGAUCUCAACGCUCGGACCACCAUACUGUACCUAUAUCAAGGGCGGUCAAAAGCACUCUUUCCAAAUAGCCAUUCUUCUGACCUAGAUAUUCUUACAGAAAUUGACGUAGCUCGUAGCUCUACCAGUAAAAAAGAUCCAAUCAUUCGCAGAGCUGAGCUAGCCAAAAGCUUAUCGCCAUAUGUCCUCAAAGCUAUCGAAAAUGCAGCGUCAGAUCUAGUACAAACAUCGUUUGGGUGUCAGUUCAUAACAGAGGUACUUUUUGGAUCGGAUGGCGAUAAGUCAGCCGCUUUGGAAUCCGUUGCAUCUACAGCAGUAGGAAACCCUUCGUCUUUAUAUACAGACGCUGGAGACGAGACGGAAACAAACGCCAUGAAUCCUGAAACAAUCGGCCAUAUUGGUACUAGGUCACAUGGAGCUAAGAUGCUCAGGUCACUUAUUGCUGGCGGUAGAUUUGACCCUAAGCGCAAGGCGAUUGAUCCAAUCGUACCUGCACUUAACUUUCCAGAUAUUCUAUACCCACACAUCAAGGAUCAUAUUGUUGAAUGGGCAACGGGUCCAGCUUCUUUUGUUAUACUCGCGUUAAUCGAAUCAGAUAACUUUUCGCACAAAGAGAAAGUGAUGGCGCAGUUGCGAUCUGCGACAGAAAAAUUACAAAAAGCUUCUAGUGAUGAAACCUUGGGGCAAAAAGCAUCCCGAAGUGCUGUGGAAGAAGGGAGUACGAAGAAUAAGAACUUUGUCACGGGCAAGAAUGAUAAGAAAUCUUUGUCAUCGAAGAAACAGGUCCAGAGUGGAAAUAAAGGAUCGCAAUUAAUACUUGGCCUCUUGUAA